AUGCUGAUGACCACGGCGACAACGGUCCGGCAUACUCGACAGCAUGCGCCUAAUACCACCAUCGGUCUAAAGCCUUUUUCGGUGUCUCCCUCGCCAAACAUGACAACCCUUGAAGAUGCACGAUCGAUCCUCGAAUCCGAAGCCAGACAGCUACAGCGGUCCUGGAAAGAAUUCCAGGACGCCCUGCGCCAUCAUGACCAACGCCUGCAACGGCCCGCCGACAUGGACCUCGUCUGUGAAACACUCGCCGACGCUGUGCAACUCUGGACCUCCCCCAACAAACAGCAGUCCCUGUUUCGGAAGCCCGCCAAAUGGGCCCGCAUCUGUCUCGAGACCAUGGAGGCCCAUCCUGCGCUGAUGCAGUCCCUACCAGACCCCAAACGGAUCUCGGACUUGUUCUUUGGCGUCGUAUACUCUAUUAUCGCGGCUUGCAAAGAGCAUUAUCGCGUUGCCGGCGUUUUCCUGAAAUUCCUCGCUCGCAUCAACAAGGCCGUCUUGUCGGCUUCCAUGUUCGACCGCCCCAGAGAGUUUGCCGCCGCUCUCUACGCCCAGAUCUUUUUGUUUCUCGGCGAGUUCAUGGGCGACUACAUCUCCAAGGCGAGAUGUCGUGUGUUAUCCAGUCACAACGAAGAUUUCAAGACCAAUUUCAUAAACUUGGUCAGCUGUGUCGAGGAUUUUGUGGCAACCAAGACGAAUUCGGCUUACUCGAAUUCUUGCCAAUACCUAGAGGCACCAUGCCUCGAUAAAGUCGGCCUAGAAGGAGCCGCUCGUGUCCGGGUGUCACAAACCACCCUUCUCCGGCAGCUCAUCUGGAGUGUGCAACAGAAGAAACUCACCAACGCAAAACUGGCCCAAGGAUGGAAGAGGACCUUUGACCUUUUCUUAGCAGCACUGGAACGCCGUGUGCACCAGGUUGACGCUGAUUCGGCCCUUUGCCAUUUGUCGGGCAACAGUCUCAUAACCCCCAAAAGCCAACCGACAGAAGCAGGAGAACUCACAACCAAACGUCGCUUCCUCAAACUUAGACUGCAGCAGGAUUCCUCGCAUCUGCAAGAAUUUUUUGAUAAUUCAGAACAACUUUAUCCCUUCAGCCCAGAGGAACAGCUGGUUAUCCCAGCGACUGUGGCUACAGAAAUAUAUAACUGGAUGCGGACGAAUCCGUCUCUACCCCUCGUUGUCGAGGGUCCUCGCUCGCUAGGGCUCCCGGGGAGGCUGACCUUGAUAUCGGCGUGCUACGUUUCGAUCUCACGGCAGCACAGUAUCCCGACUAUAUCACACUUUUGCGCGGCUUCAGCUCAUUCGAGCAAAGAGGCCGGCCUUCUUGGGUUGGUCUACAGUCUGAUUCGCCAACUCAUCGACCUUUCGCCUCCAAUGUUAGACUUUGAGAGCAAUUGCGAUCUGAGCACCGAACGAUUUAAUCGACUCAACGGCACCAUGUCGUCGUGGACAGACGCUGUGGGCAUUUUGAAUACGCUGCUGCGGUACAAACCGCCGGUGUUGUUUUGUGUAAUUGAUUCACUUGAUAUUUUGGAGGAUGCCAUUACACAACAGCAUAUUAGGGCGUUGGUAGACAUGCUGGUUUCCCAUACUAUUCGCAGCUCAACAGCCCCGGUGGAUACAGAGCAACCACCUACUACUACUCCUACAGAUGACUUGAUUUCCAAAGACGGGCUGCUCAAGAUGCUCUUUACUACGGCGGGACAAUGCCGUGCUAUCCAAAGUAAUUUCAGCCAGGGCCAGGGCCAGAUCAUCACGACGGAUGCAACGCAGGUUGAAACUACGCCCGUGGUGGCUGUGGACGAGGACGUGGUCAUGGGGGGAUAA